AGAGAGGCGAAUGGUGAAUCUGCUGCACAGCAUGAAAUGCUCCUUCAUGGUGACAGCCCUGAGCCUCCUGCCACUGCUGGACUGCAUCAGAGGAAAAGAGAGCUGCAAGGCUUUGCAGGAAGAACCCAGGGGGGACUCUCACACCAGCUGCUGUGACAUCGGCCUGAUCAAUGGAGGUUUAUCAAUACAACCGGAGUCAGUCAACAAAAUCACAAGCAUCCCCCCAUUGUGUGAUAAGCUGGAGAAGGAGGCCAACGCCUUCUGCAAAUGUGUGAUGGACGAGAUCCACAGGUUCUGGCCUGCCUUCGAGGAGUACCUCAUCAGGGAAGAUGUGAAUGAGAGCGUCAUAGACUUAAACAAGACAAAGGCGCGGGUCCAGAACGUGAGCACCUCCAUCGCCCACGAUCUCGUCUUCACGAUCACGCCGAAUGAGGUCCCCAGGGAGCUAGACACAAGUGUGAAGGGAAAGGUGAGCAACAUAAGACUCCCCAGGGGACUAUUUCAGUCCUUUCACAAUGAGACAGACUACGUCAAAGUGGCAGUGCUGGUGCUUGACGUUGGAGAAGUGAGCAUGUUUAAGGACCCGGACCAGACAGGCACCAUGCUAGACAACGUCACGGUCAGUGUGAAAGUGGGAGGCAGGCAAAUCGCUGGACUCAGCGACUGUGUAGAACUCACCUUCUCCCACGGACGACUGCCCCAGAACGUGCCCGUUCAGUGCGUCUUCUGGGACACCAAGAAAGGCAAGCGUGGAGGAUGGAACACAUCUGGCUGCCUCACCAUACCCAGAGACAGAGAGACCAUGUGCUGCUGUGAUCACCUGACCUUCUUCACCCUCUUAAUGACUCCGUCCCUAGACAACAUCGCAGCCCAGAUGUUAUUAACUAUCGCAAACGUCGGCUGCGGGAUUUCCGUGUUCUUCUCAGCCCUCACCAUCGGCCUGUACUUUGCUCUAAGGUUCGUUUACAAAAAAUUCAAGUCCAAUGACACGGUCAAGAUCCAUGUGAACCUCACGGGCAGCCUGCUCCUCCUGAACCUGGCCUAUCUGCUGAACAGAUGGAUCUUCAGCCUGGGCCAUCUGGGGCUAUGCAAGGGCAUCGGCGGCUUCACCCACUACUGCCUGCUCUGCUGUUUCACCUGGAUGGCCAUUGAGGCUUUUCAACUCUACCUGUUGGUCAUCAAAGUCACCAACAUCUACAUGCGGCACUACAUGGUGAAGCUGUGCCUCGUCGGCUGGGGCUUCCCUGCUCUCGUGGUCACGAUCACUGGCAGCAUGAACAGCUAUGGAAAAUACACCAUUACGGAUAUGGCCAACCAGCCCCCCGUCGCCCUGUGCUGGAUAAACUCCACUCACGUGGUGGUCCAUUACAUCACCAACUGCAGCUACUUCGGCCUGAUCCUCCUCUUCAACACCCUGGUCCUCGUGGUUGUAGCCUGGAAGCUGUUCAGCCUGCAGCGCACCACAGCGGGGAAGGAGGAGAAAAUAGAGACCUGGAAGAGAGGCCUCACAGUGCUCGGCCUCUCCUGCCUGCUGGGAGCCACAUGGGGGCUGGCCUUCUUCACCUACGGCGCCAUGUCCGUGCCUGCAGCCUACCUCUUCACAGUACUGAACUCUCUCCAAGGUCUCUUCAUAUUCAUCUGGUUCACGGUCCUCUACUAUCCAAAGAAAGAUGCAACCACAUCCUCCUCCGGCAGCGGCAAGAACGUGAAAGUCACCACCGCUUCCCGCAGCUAGCGGUAGCACCAG